AUGCCAAACGCAAGAGAGUCGAGCGUCUCUCGCUGGGCAUGGAAACUUCUGCGCCUCGCGCUGCUCUCGGCGAGGCGAGGCGGGGCUUUCAAGCUGCAGCUCCGCCUGCUCGUGCCCAAGUUCCUCAAGACCAUUGGCCAUGUGGCGACCCCUCGCAGCCACAUCUGGUACGGUGAGCGAGAGCUCUCAUUCGAGAAGACUCCGGUUGUCCAUGUGAAGAUGCACCGCCCUGGGUCAAUGCGGUUCAUGUUCCCAUGCAUCAACCCUAAAGUCGAUUUUGAUAUGGAGUUCGACGAUGAGGAAGGCGAAAGAGCUCAUAAUGGAAAUGAUAGUAAGAAGAAGAGCUUCUUCCUCGAAAAUGGAGACGGGGAAGAGUGCUUUUAUGACGAUGACAACUAUGGGAGGAUCGAAUGUGAGGAAGAAGAGUGGGGGAUCGACUCGAGAGCAGACGAGUUCAUAGCCAAAUUCUACGAGCAAAUCAAGCUGCAGAGGCGGAUGUCGUACCUUCAGUACAAUGAGAUGCUCAACCAAAGCCCGAGUUAA